CAUUGCUUGCAGGAUAUUAUACUACCAUUCAGCGCGAAUUUCAACGCAACCCUGCUCUUCCGAUCUCCGAUCAUCGGCAUCUAGACAGCCAUUCAGUCACCACCGAGAGCAAUGGCAACACCUAUAUUUGCGCCAGCAGCUCCUUCCAUCCUUCGUGGAGCAAGGAAGGAGGAGCUGGUGUACAAGCUGCUGCAAGCAAAGAAGGCAUCGGGCAAGACUUUCACUCAGAUUGCCAACGAAGUUGGUCUCACAAACCUAUACACUGCCCAGCUCUUCCACAACCAGACCGAGCUGAAGCCAGCGACAGCCGCAGCCCUCCAAAGUGCUGUCCCGGGUCUCACGGAUGAGCUCAUCGAGGAGAUGAAAGUUUCACCUCUGCGGCAAUUUGACCCCAGCAUCAUCCAGGAGCCAACAGUGUACCGGCUGUACGAGGCUAUCAUGUUGUAUGGCGAGUCAAUCAAGGCAAUUUGCAACGAGGAGUUCGGUGACGGCAUCAUGAGCGCCAUUGACAUGUUUGCCAAUAUUGAUGACAUCGUGGGGGGUGCUGGUGAGAAGAGGGUGGUCAUCACCCUCAAUGGCAAGUUUCUUCCCCACAUUGAGCAGAAGACUGCCAACAUCACAGCGCGCUCACCCAAGCCAGAGUGAGUGCUGGGCGGAGAGAUUGUACACAAAUGUUGGAGCAAUAAUAAGACGCUCGCUCAAGCGAGAAGUUGCUCUGAUUGAUGCCACAAUGCAAGAAGUCUGCCAUUGAGUUGAAGUACCAUGCAUAGUACUGCAUUCAUGAAGCUGAGCGCAACAUGUUCCAAUUGCUCUGGAUGUGUUGUGUGCAGCAGCGCACUUUGUUGUUCAUAAAGUCACUGCACCCUUUGCUGCAGCCACUACAGCGCUGCUGGCAGGCUGCAGCAGGGGCUGCAGCUAAAGCAUCAUCAACAUUUCUUGCCCUGAAUUGUUUUGAUUGUGCUGCGGCUGCUUACCCAAGUGAAAUUCUUUGGAAACUGUCUUAAUCUCUUGUCUGUUACAGUCGUCUUGCACUCCUAAUUGGUCAAAUAAAGGUCUUGUGGAACAUCUGCAGAUUUUCAGCAAUGUGUGCAUUUUUGGUCCAAGAAUUGAAGGAUCCUCCGAGGAGUCCUGGAGUACUUCACGACCUCAUGUAAUCAUUACCACUGAGCC